GUCUGCCAGAUCCUCUUGGCGUCUCAUCGCUGGUGGAACGUCUCACGCGCGGUCGCUGGCGCGUUUCCCUCGCACGAUCGCGCAUGUUCGUGCGCGCGCACGGAUCCUACGCCCGCUCUGUCAUGCCGUGUGCGCUCCCAUCAGUCUGAAUGUUUUCCUUUAUUCGAACACUGCGCAUGAGUGCUUGGGUAGAAGUUCCAGGCCCCGCUAUCCGGUAGGUUGUUCAGCACAAGGGUGCGGAAGCCUGGAGAACUCGUUUAAGUGGAACUAGCGUCGUGUAGCUUAUGCGUAGGCAACGACAGUGACAAUGACGUCAUUUCAAGGGAUAUACAGGUAGUCAUUCGAUACCUCCACUUCUUGUAUAUUUUUUUAUUUUCUUCUGACGCAGUGUUCUGGUCGCAGUUCGUGCCGUUGGCAUGCAGAGCAGGCGGCCGGCGCUCGCAUCCCGAAGCGGAGGCAGGACAUCGUCUUUGUUUCGUAUCUCUUACCCGCGUGUUUGUCGAAGCAUUGCACCCAUUACGCAGAUCUAUGUCGGAUUAUGAUGUUAUGUCGACGAGAGCGUCGAAGAAGAACGCCGUCGUGAGUGGACAUACUCCUGGAUACGCUCUGGCGGCCGUGAGUAAGCCAUCCCACGCUGCACGUGCUUUGUAAGCGCCGAAUCGUCCACGCCGUUUUCCGUUGCCUUGUGUGUGCUUACUGCAUCGACUUGCAAAUAUCCGCGCACGGUGUUUAGACCAUUCUAUUCGAAAAUCUGUUCGUUGUGUGACAUCCUACUAUGGCUAUAGGAGGUUGGCUUGGUGGAGGUGCGGCAACGUCCUCGCUCCGUGCGUACCUGGAGACUUCUGGAGAUGAGUCCACCACGAUGACGGGUAGAACGGAAACAUCAAAUCAUUCGAACGGUGAGCGGAAGCGCUGCCAUCUAGACUCAUUGAGCGAAGUUCGCCGUAGCAAACCAGCACGCGGUGCAGGCAUGGUGCGUUCGUUGACCGGCUCGCUGGGCGCCGUGUGUGCUUCCGCAGUUGCAAGGACACGUGACUACCUUGAACAUCGUUCGGGUCCCGAACUCAGUUCGAGUUCAGGUCCAGCAGAGGAGCAGCGGCGGACAUGACCCCGCUGCCGUCGACACCACCAUCCGCAGCAAGACCAGCAAAAGCGGCGUGACGGUGCCGGCGCAAAAGUACCGACGUGCAUCGACUACGGUUUUAGACAGAAGUGGUGUGCGACCAGUCCCGCGUGGAUACCCGCUAUGUGUGCCGGUGUUGUGGCUGUGCUCUGUUACGUCAACUCGCUGGAUGGAGAUUUCGUGCACGACGACAUGGUGGCGGUGGUGGGGAACCCAGACGUCACCGGUGACAGCAGGCGACACGCGCUGUCGUCAUCGUCGUCAUCGCUUUGGAUGAAUGACUUCUGGGGGCGACCGAUGGCCGAUCCCCGGAGUCACAAGUCAUACCGGCCACUCACAGUGCUCAGCUUCAGAGCCAACUACUUCGCAAACGGACGCCAGGUGCGCGGCUACCACGUGGUAAACGUAGCUCUGCACUGCGCAUGCUCGGUGCUGGUGGCCGUCGUCGCCCGCUGCGUCAUGCGGAUAAGUGCCAUCCAUGCGUGCUUCGCGGCGAUGCUCUUCGCUGCACAUCCUGUACACACUGAGGCUGUGUCCAGCAUAGUGGGCCGAGCCGAAGUGCUGUGCUGUUUCUUCUUUCUGCUUUCGUUCCUCUGCUACCACUGCUGCCAAGUUUUCAGUGAGGCCAGCGGAGGUCGUGGAAGGUCUAUCUGGUUCGCAGCCUGCGGUCUACUCUCCGUAUGCGCACUGCUCUCGAAGGAGCAGGGCAUCACCGUGCUACCGUUGUGCAUGGCCCUGAGGAUACGCGCAUUGGUCGCUGAUUCCACGCAUCCAGAACGACAGACGCAGUGCCUAGAGGCUCACCGACGACGGUGGCCAAUCUGCAGACACUGCAUGCGACAAAUUGCCUACCGAUGCUUCUUCGAUCGUGACCUUGCUGCUCUCGCAACAUUGACGGCUUUACUCUUGUGCUUUCGGCUAUGGAUUCUACAGGGAAGCUUCCCCGAAUUCACCGCGAUGGACAACCCUGCGUCCUUCUCGCCAAUGCGCCUUACCAGGCUGCUGACUUAUAGCUACCUGUGCGCCUUCAACGCCUGGCUCAUCUUGUAUCCACGUAACCUGUCUUACGAUUGGCAGAUGGGCAGCAUACCUCUCGUGACGUCACCGUUUGAUCCAAGGAAUCUGGCAACACUGGCGAUACUUCUUUUGCUACCAGUUCUCGCAUGGCGGGCCUUAAUUUUAUCGCAACACAAAGGCAGCACUGCUGGUGGAUCAAGACAGCAGUGCUGCUACUACAGAACUCCAGAGCAACUGCAAGAGCCUUCUUCGGGACUACUAGUGGCACUGCUUCUUACUGUGCUACCCUUCCUUCCGGCGUCCAACCUCUUUGUGACAGUCGGCUUCGUUGUCGCCGAAAGAGUUCUCUACAUUCCCAGCAUCGGAGUUACACUGCUCGUGGCCGAAGGAUUGUGCCGCCUCCACUCGCGGUGCUCACGAGCGAUCAGGUGGUGCGCCGGCAGCUCCUGCUUCAUUCUAGUGCUGCUCUUUGCUGCCCGUACUUGGAGCAGGAACGGCGUGUGGGCCUCUAGAGAAGCCCUGUUCGAAUCAGGCAUCAGGGACCUUCCAGGUAACGCAAAGAUGCAUUACAACUACGCCAAUCUGCAGAAGGACAUCGGCAACUCUGACCUGGCCGUCAAGCACUACAGGCUGGCGAUCAAGUUGUGGCCAGAGCAUGCCAGCGCGCACAAUAACUUGGGCACUGUGCUGACGUCGACGGAAGAAUCGGAACAUCACUUCCGGUACGCCUUGCGCGUCAAUCCAAAUCAUCCAGGGGCUCAUUUUAACCUCGCCAAUAUCUACAGCAAGCAAGGCCAAAAGGAGGUUGCCCGGGCUCUGCUGGAGCGUGCGGUAGAGCUGGAGCCUGAUUUCUGCGAGGCCUACUCGUCCCUAGCAGCGCUGGCCGCCGAAAGGGGACACCUGGCUGAAGCCGAGAGGCUGCACCAGAUGGCGCUAACGAGUGACGACCAAAAUGCGGAUGCGCGCAACAACUAUGGAACGUUCCUUCAGUCACACGGUCGCGCGGCAGAAGCCAUGACACAGUACCAGCAAGCUCUCGACCUCCAGCAAAAUCACACCGUGGCCCUCCUUAACGCAGCUAGAAGCCUUCGGAGCAUGAACCUCAACAUGCAGGCCGAGAGUCUCUACAAGAGAGCCCUUGCAGUUGAGCCAGACCCUCAGGUGAUGGACAACCUCGCCGUCUUUUACGUCAGUGCUGGUCGCCUGGACGAAGCAAGGCAGCUCUUCGAAGAAAUUAAUCGGCUCUUUCCUGAACACCGCGACAGCAACGUUCAUCAUGCUCAGCUCCUCAUUCGCCUCCGAAGCUUCCGAGUGGCCGAAGAGCUUCUUGUAGACGUCAUCGAGAAUAACAGCACUGACAGAGCGGCCUUGCACACGGCUGCGCUUUUGUACAACCACAUCAACCGCACAGUCGAGGCACUGGACUACGUACUGAAGGCUCUAAAGCUCUGCGACGUUGAUGACCUGCUCUGUGCUAGAAUACACAGUGAUCAUGGUGACAUACUGAAGGACUUAGGGGACCUCAGCUCUUCAGCACAGAGUUACGAAGUCGCUAUUCGUCUUGAUCCCAAUCUCGCUCAUGCACAUCUGAAUCUCGCCGUGAUACGGCACUUAGAGAACGACUACCCUGGCGCUUUCCGACACUACCAAGUGGCUCUGUCUCUCGAUCCAAACAACAAACUCAUCAUGGACAACAUGGCCAAAUUAAGUCGGCGAAUUACUAGGCCACUGCCGUUCCACGAGUGCGUUUAGAGUGGUUGUAUUGUCUAAAUGCAUUUACUGUGCUGCUUUUCUGUAUAGAGACAUUUAUUCUUUGUACUGUAGAUGUUCUGGCUGGAUUGAAACUGUACCACUUUUUAGGUUUUGCAACUCUGUCAUUGUAAACGCGGACGCCCGGUAGAGGAAAUCGAAGGCUGGUGCAUCAAUACCAGGGCUCGUUAUGAACGAUUCUACGAUUUUAACUUCAUAUUUUACACAAGUUGAGCAUUAGAGCAUCCUGGUAUUUCAGAGAGGGUUGCUAAAGCCACAUCCAAAUAUGAUACAUACUUCGGAAUUUUAUGUCACUGAUGGGAACGCUAUUUAACUGUCCAAAAGUAUUCGAGGAAACCGUCUAAAAUCUGUCGGCUGCAAAUAGCCAAAAGCAGGGCCUGUUCCGUACACUCCUUGUCAUAAGUGUACGGUGUACUUUUGAAACCACCAUACCAUGUUGCUGUGCUGUGCCAUUUUCGCAAUUUAAUUGAUUUUCCGAUCGGUCUAACAUACGGUUCCUGGAAAUUUUACUCUUUAACGUACAUUUUCUGCACUCCUUUAUUUUGUGGGGAAGGAUAUUACUCUGCAAAAGUUUCGUCCAAGUCCAACAAACCAACAGCGAAUGUGAACGAAAACGAAUGAACACCGUGAUACUGUGUCAUAUAUUUUCUCUCAUUACGCAUUUCCAGCGCACAAAAAAAUCUAACUAAUGAAACUUGCUUGUGCAUUGCUUUAUGGUUGUCAUCCUGUUUAAUUUGACCUUUCCUUGCCACAAGCUACGAUGAUUCCUCUAAAUAGGAAUACGAUUCAUUCGAGUGGUGGCAUAAGACUAUGCAACGACGUGCCUAGAUUUCCGACCCUCAUGUUAGUAAGAGCGACAUUGGAGCGCUACUCUCUCAAAGUGUGACCGAUUUGCUCAGAUGUGUUGCCGUGUGACUAGACGCUUCAACAUUGAGCGGUGUAUAGAUGACAUUCCACUACGAUGACAUUCACAACGAAAUGUCACCAUAGGGUCAAAAAAGGCUUUCUUUUUACGUGGCUGGUUGAAGAAACGAAUGAUUGCUCAAGUUCAAUCUUGUGAUAUUACAGAGAAAAAAAAGAGCAAAUAAGCAUCCUUAGGCUAUUACAACACUUCAGGACGCCAUCUUUCUGAUGCUCCUUUGAAAUUGUAAUGCGUGUUGCUUCAUUCGCGUAACUUCGUGCACACGUGCCCCUUGUGUAAAGCAAACAGGCUUUGCAAGAUCGAAACUCAGUUAUAGCAAGCUGAUCUAUGACGCUUACUUCAUUACAAAAACCUUGAUGGUGGCGGUCUCUGUGUACUGUAACUGUUCAUCGUACCCAAAAUAUUUCACGCAUCGGAUAUGUCGCCUUCCUUCCACUAUAGCUGCACAGCGGCGUCUCGACUGCGAGAUGAGCUUGCAAGAGCCGUUACUCACGUCGCCUUACAUACCCAGAGCCUUGCACGGGUAGCCCCUCUUUCGGAAGAGUGUUUCACUGUAUGAAUUAUUUGUCAAAUGUCGCGAAUGAUAGGUGUACAGUCAACAGCAAAAGUUUACGGGAUGUGGUUUUCCCUUCAAAUGUGAAUUCCUGCACUGUUAAGGCAUGACACUUCGUAUUUAAUGAAUCACUGUGUAGGUGGCGAAGGCUACUACAUGCUGGAACAUUUAAUUCGAGGCUGUGUGACCACGCUUUGUGAGAAUUCAGCUUUUUGGUAGAUCCUGCGUCCCGUAAACUUUUGCGGUUGACUGUACAUCGAUAUUGUUGCUUGCUGACGUGGAAUCAUCUCAACCAAUGCUGCGUUUUUAUAGCCCACAAACAGUGAUGUCAUCGAGCCCUUGGAAGUUUGCGUGAUGUCGUGUCUUUGGCAGAAGUCAGUUUUCUUACCAUCGAAAAAGUGAAUCUUCGUUUGGUAGAGUUAUUUUUUUAAUAUAUUGAUGAAUUGGAAUGGACAGUGUCUCUGCCCCACACGUAUGCUUGUCUGUCCUUACGUAUAAGAGUGUCAUUGCUGGAAAUAUCGUUUCACAGGUGUGCGACUGUUGUUUGUGCGUAAACAAGUUUGUAGAAGAUGUCACGCUGUCGCGUUACCCUACGUUUUGAAAGAAAAUGCGAGGCCUUCAAGAAAACACUGUGUGGUGUGGUUACUCGAGUGCUCGGGUAUUUUGUUUCGUUUCAAUACAACUAGAGGCGCGCUACAACUCUUCCACUUCACUGAUGUUUUUUUUUAUCGCAGAAGCGGCUUUUCUCGCGGUUUCUCGCAUUUUCUCGUUUCACGAAAACUACGCGAUCGCUUAACAUGGCUCAACACAGGGCAACACGCAUGAGUCGGCGUGUACGUAUAGCCAACUGUAAUACCCCUACAGCUUCACCGCACACCGGCGCUUUUCUGUGUGGAAUCACGGAAUCAAAACAACAUACACUAUUGCACUAAAACCUGAAUCCGAGCCAGUUGGUACAGCGACAUAUUUGAAACCAAACAGCGUAAACAGGGCAGUACAGUAGACAGGACGAGUCAAUUCUUUCUACGAAUUGCGUAGCAGCCUUUAACAAAGCAUCGUAUUCUUAGGUGUUUACGGGUCACAGAACACAAUGCUGGGGGCGAGGACGUACUGAGUCGCCAUCUGUCGGAAACGCCACGCUUACGUAGUGUGAGGGAUAACGCGAGGCGCGCUCCUCAUAGGUUUGGCUGUCUGCGCGCAAUAAGAACGCCACGCCGGAGCCUUCCUGGACAUUUCCGUAAGUACUCUUAAAACGGGGUAUGUUUUUUUACGGUCACAUUUAUGAUCUUGGGCGAACAGAAAGCACAGAGUGGUUUACAUACGUUAUCUCUUUACGGAAUUCCCUUAGUGAAUGACCACGGCACGUGGUCGCUGCGAUGGAGUCCCCCGAACUGGCUUCUUGCGUGAAAGGUAGGCAGCUUCUGGGAGAAAGCUGUGUAAAAUGCGUUCUAAUAGUGGGCUGUCUGUAUAAGGAAAUGCAGCAUAAAAAAUGAAGUCUCGAUGCAGUGAUCGCACGAGUUCGCAGCGACCGACUGCGCGUCUGCAUACAUGUCCGCGCACAUUGUUUCGCUUCAUGCCGUGAGCUUUAGGCCCCAGCUCAUGAGCAUUUGUUAGUACACGAGCAACCAUUGUUACGUGGACCACUCACAAACCUCCGCUGUGUAGGUUUGUGAGCGGUGGCGCUGGCUAACACUCCCAAGGUUAGUUGUAGUCGUAAAACAUAAAUACCCAAGAAAGUGGAUGGGGAAACUGCGCCGCGGUAGCUCAAUUGGUUAGAGCAUCGCACGCGUAAUGCUAAGACGUGGGAUCGUUCCCCACCUCCGGAAAGUCGUUUUUUCAUCCACUUUC